AUGAAAGCUAGGCCUGGAGAUCCCGCGCGUGUCCCGCCCACCAACGGCUCCUCGGCCGGUGCCACCACCGUCGCUCCGACCACAACCCAUGCGCAACCAUUUGUGAAUGGCAAUACCCAAAGCAACGCGUCUCUCCGCGUAGGCGAGACGAGGCACCAGCCGGAUGGUCUCGAACAUCCGCCGUUCAAACGGCAGCGAACCGAUACCGUUCCAUCCACCACCACAACCCCCACCAGCCACAAUCAUCUCCAGCAGAGUGGCCACCCUCAGCCUACUCCUCCCCCUUGGAAUGACCAGGACGUCUUUGCCAAGUGUCUUGCAGACCAAGUGUUUCCACACGUCGACAGGGAAUUGGUAAAGCUGCCCAGAGACAAGUACGAUGUAAAGAAAAUAGGAACAAAGGUCGUCGAGAUUGUUACUGGCGUCGACUUUACGGCCGCUUAUAAGCUCGGGAAUGGGCGUGUUAGCGAUGUGUUCGAACGACUUUUGGCUGCCCGUAUCCCGGUGGAAACCCGCGCAUUGCUCAUGGACCCCCAAUAUCGGUUUAAAUCGUACACUCCGGUACCCGUUCCCCUGGUCCCGCAGGUCCCACGGCCACCUGUCCAAGUACCUCCUCACCACGCGCCUUCCGGCUAUGCUACGGCCCCGCUGCUGCCUCCGCCUCCGCGUCCGGGUUCGGGCUCGGGUAUACCCCCUACAUUCCCCGGGGCCAAUGAACGUCGCUACUCCAAGUCCCCGAUACCUCUUCCAGUGGUGCCUGGGCGUCAGGAGCCAUACAAUAGAGGUGUAAACCCUCCUUCAGGGUUGCGAUACCCUCAGGCUCCAGUUGUUCCCAGUCAUGCAAGUCAUGCGACGACAGGCAUUCACCGACCAGCCAUACUGCCGCCGUCACCGCCAUCGCAGGUUAUCACUAUCAAGGAUGAUGAAGGCAAGGGGGCCCCAUCAUCGGCAGCCAUACCGGUGCCUCAACCCAGCUCACCUGCUGGCUCGUUGGUGAUUCUGGACCCGCCAUCGACAUCUGUUGCCCAGCCACUGCCCUCUGUUAACAACCUGCCUGAAGACUCUGUGCCAGAACCGAGGAUAUAUCGAGGCCGGCUGUCUAAACGACGUAGAGGUCUUCCCCAAGAAGAAAAGAGGUCGCAAAACCGUGGUGUAGUCACGACCUCAGCACAGAAUUAUCGAAGUCGAGCCCACGCUUUGGCUUGGCGGGGACAUGAGGACAGCGCUGAAGGUUUAGCAUCGCGACUGUUCACUGAGGCCAAACGACCAUAUCUUUCCGCAGAGGAGAGGGCCAACAUCUCAGUUGGUGUGCAGAAGUUUGUACGAUUCGAUGACUCCAUACUCACUCGGCCCACAACUUUUCAUGUCGACUUUACCGCCGAUGAAAUCAGGGCUCUUCGGAACCUUUGUCGGAGAGUCCUGGGCCUAUCAUCUGGGAGCAGGAAACAAGACCUUGCUAAAGACCUCCGCAAACAGCUCAAGAAGCAUCGCGGAGAAAUUUUCAAGGUUUUAGACGCCAUCCGGUCUGAGAAAGAACUUUCGCGUCGAGACAAAGCAGCCAUCGAACGGUUCCUCCAUGACCUAGUUAAUCACAAGGUAUCCAGGGAUCCUUCGAUACUUGCUUUGAAGAGGGACAAAUACGACUUGCAUGGCGAGCUCGCUCGUUCGAGCCAAAUUAAUUCGCUUCUCUUCGCCAGGGCAACCUCUGGUAACCGCGGCAUGACUUUGAGGGCUCCCAUGAACUUCCCGAACGAGUUCGUCAAGUGUCAUGAGGAUGAGUUGGAGCUCCGAAGAGAAUGGACCGACUGUGCUGGAGAUAUUGCGACUAUUGCGUGGGUAUCAAACGACGGCUUUAUUUGCGGGACAACGGAGCAUUCAGAUGCUCACAAUCAGCAAUACAACAAACCCGGCAAUCUCGUUCUCGGAUCUUGCAGUCAGGGCACCUUGCGGGCAUAUGCCGAUCAUCGAAUCGUCCGGCCGGUCGUCGAGAAGGGCGAAAAUUCCACCGAUGCCAUGAGACAGAGUCAAGACCCAUGGCUCUAUUCGUCUGUUGUCGCCUCGGACUAUGACGACAUUCAUGAUCGCGCCUUUACCUCGGGGUUUGACCGGAAAGUCAAGAUUUGGAAGGUAGACCCAACGGGUUCCUCCAUGGUUGCAUUGGGCGAGUGGCCUCACGGCGGCAAUGUCAACUUUGUGGCUGCCUCAAAGUAUGCCUCCACUGCUAUGGUUGCAACGGCAGCAGAUGUUCCUACGGAUGCUGUGCGUAUAUACAACAUCCAGAGUAACGACUCAGGCUUGAUGUCGGCUUCCCCGUAUCGCUCCUUCUCUUGCUCCCGGGUGGAAGACGCAGAGGGCAACACAGUUUCAACCGAGAGAUGGGCCUAUUUUCCUGCCACUAUGCAAUGGGGUCGCUCGCCAACCGUUCGACAUCUGCUUUUGGUCGGCUACUCACCUCGUAGCAGGACCGGGGAUGACACUGAUAUUCCUCCCGAUCGUAGGGAGACGGGAGAGCUCUGUCUGUGGGACGGCCUCACGGGAGAAAGUCCUAUUCAGACACUGGAUUGCUGGGCGUGCGACAUCAACGAGCUUACUGUUAUGCCUAUUAGCUUCGGUUCUUGCUACGUCACGGCGGGAUGCACAGACGGAAAUACAUAUGUUUGGGACACCGCUCAAGGAGAUAAGCCGAUCCAUAUCCUACGCCACGGAGAGCCUAUCGAAGAGUUUAGGGGUGACCGUGAGCAUGAGGAUGUGGGUGUCAAAUUCACGGCGUGGGGUAGGACCCUUGACCGGUUUUACACCGGUUCCUCCGAUGGCGUGGUAAAGGUAUGGAAUGUGCGGUCCCGUAACCCAUUGGUCCGCGACCUCUUGGAGAUUCCCUCGUCCGUUUCCUGCGGCAUGUUUUCGCCCGACAAGUCCAGGUUGAUCAUUGGCGAUGCCAGUGGACGAGUGUUCUUCCUGUCACUCAACGAACAAGAUGAGGGAGACCAUAACGACCACACCCUGUUCAUGCAUAUGAAAGUCCCAGGACAAAAGCUGCCGAAGAGAAUUCGGCGUCCGCAGUCGAUUAUCCCACACCCGGAACCGGAACCGCCCACCCAUGAUGCUCAAGGACAACUGCUGGAUUCGGAAUCCGGCAUCUCAAGGGGACGAUCUUAUUUGUCCAAGUUGCAACUUCAACAACUGCCAGAUCGGACUCUUGGCGUUGUUCAGGGGCCGAAGUAUGUCGAGACCGGCUUGUUCCGGAGAGAAGCCCAUUUGGAUGAAGAUCCCCGCUUGCCACUGAAGGCUAGCUUCUACGCCUUUCAACAAGAAACUAAGCGCCAAUUUGGUGAGAGUGUUAGACGGUAUCUUUCGCCGUUAAGACCUGUGAAGGAAGAAAGUUUCCUUAAGGCGAAGGAAGCACAUUUUACAAACCUACCGCUCGACUUUAGUGUCGAUCUUUUAGAAGAGGAAACUAAGCGGGCGCUUGAAGCUGAAGGUGUAGACUGGCAGCUGAACGAAGGAGCGUUGGAUCCGGACUAUGAGGAUGAUGGGGACGACGACAAUGAGCUUGUAUUUAGUGUUGGAGAAGAAAGCGACGUUGAUGAGUUUUGA